UGGGAUUUGCAUUCUUCCCAUAACAUUAACCAUCAGCGACUAUUACCAAAAUCCAAGGUUGAGCCCAAAGAACAUCUGCAGAUGUUAUUUUAUGUUCGUACACAUAACAUUCGGAUUGUAAUUAUCUUGUAUUUUGAGCAGCUUUGCUUACUGCUGCAGAGAACACGAUGAAAGUAAGACUCCAGUGUGAUUUCUAGCGUAUGAAGAAAGUAAUCUAUCACCUGCCCUAACACCUGACAGUUGAGAAAGAUCGGAAUGUAUCAUGGACCCUGCAGGAGGCUGCAACGCCGUUGGCACAACGCCAUCUAGAAAAUAAUUGCUAAAUUGGCAAAUGCAUGCCAAAACCAUUCAGUGUAUGUUCGAUACCUUACUGUAACACAAUCCUUCUGGAUUUAUAAAUCCAUUCGGAAACUCUUUGCAGUGGACGUAAUUUUAUGUUUAAACCAAUUAUCCCGUCAUGUUCGCAUACAUUUGUGCUCACCGAUUAGACAGAAAAGUCCAAUCAUCGAAGUUCUGAACUCAUUUAUUUAUCCUCCUGAUGCCAAUGUACAACAAUGUCAGCCAGGUACCUUCUAUGGUUUUGCCGGGUAUCAUUAAUACAUUAUAUUGUGCUCCUGCCAAAAACAUUGAGAAGUGGAACUGGAAGUCCCGCCCCUUGCAUUUCAUAAGUUCCAUCGUUCCAGGCGUUAUACAACAUUCUGCCAGUCAGAAUAAGUUUAAAAGGAAAACCCUUUUCCCGGCGCCUUAUGCCAAGGCUUUUGGCACAUACACGGGGUGAAAGUGGCAGGUUUACAUGUGUUUGUUCCUGUUGCAGACCAGACAUCUCGGCUGUGUGGGGCAUUCUCCGUACUUAAGCCAUGGGCGACUCGCCUUCAGAUCCAGCAAGGUCUUCAUAUAACCAGACGGUGACCGAAGCCAGGAACGGCCAUUAUUCCAGCCAGCAGAACCAAGAGUUCAAGAUGGAGAAAGAUAACGAAAUGAGGAUAACUGAAAGCGCGCAGUCGGGAGAUAUGGUGGAGAACAGAGGUUUACUGGAAAGCAGUCAGAAGCUGAAACCCCACGAGGCUCAGAGUUACCGCAAGAAGGCAUUGUGGGUGUCCUGGACCUCUAUUGUGGUCACUCUAUCGCUCGCCGUCGCAGCUUUCACCGUUUCCAUAAUGAGACACAGUGCAUCGUCCUUUGCCUUUGCUUUUGAUGCUGUGUUGGAUGUAAUAUCUUCUGCAAUAGUACUAUGGCGAUACAGUAAUGCAGCAGCUGUGCAUUCAGCCUAUCGGGAGAAUAUAGCUUGCAUCGUCUUGGGGGUUAUUUUUCUUGUAUCAACCAUCUGUAUUAUUGGCAAAGCCAUUCAUGACCUUGCUACAAAGCUGCUUCCAGAAGUGGAUGAUUUUCUUUUUAGUGUAUCCAUUAUUAGUGGAAUCCUCUGCAGUAUUUUGGCUGUGGUUAAAUUUAUGCUUGGUAGAGUCCUCACAAGCAAAGCCCUGAUAACCGAUGGUUUUAACUCGUUAGUCGGAGGAAUCAUGGGAUUUUCUAUACUGAUCAGUGCAGAAGUCUUUGAUCAUUAUGCUGCAGUCUGGUAUUUGGAUGGUACCAUAGGUAUUCUCAUUGGAGUGAUCAUUUUUGCAUAUGGAAUAAAGCUACUGGUUGACACAAUCCCACGAAUAAAAGCGACUCGUAAUUAUGAAACCUUUGAAUGAUGGACAUAAUGAUGGUAUAUAGUGAUGCUCAAUUCUACAGGAAGGGAGAAGUUAUGACGUGGACAGAAUCACUAAAGCUAACCAAAUCAAAGCAGUAACUGGAAAAAAAGGUUGCAAUUGUUGCCCCAAUGCUCAGUUUGUGGACAAGAAAACAUUUUUUUCUGACCAAACACAUUUGCUAAAUUUGGUGGACUUCUAAUAUUUGAGGCUGAAGAUUAUACUUUGUCCUUCAUAUUUUAUAAACAGAGGUAACAUACACAUUGUCAUUCAUAGAAAUUGUAGACUACAACUGUCAGCUGUCUGACCAACAAAUUCCACGUCAAUUGCCCAUUCUGUUAUCUGAUGUCCCAUCUACCUUGAAGGAUGUAACUAAAUUAGUCCCAUAUACAAAACAUGUGUGGAGAGAGCAUGUGGUCAGGGUGCCAAUAGGUGGUGGUGGGGGGGCGGGUAUAGGCACCAACUCCCCUCCCUUCCCAGCUGAUUUGGUUUGCAGGUAGUAAAUUAGCAAUGUUGAAACCCAGGUCAACUCACAAUCAUGUGGAGCACACCAGUGCUAUUCCUUCUUGUGUGCCAACAAAGAUGUUAAAAUACCCCUUUUCAGUAUUUUUUUUAAUGUACAGGGCAGAACAUAUAUGUGCAGAACCCUGAUUCUAAUUGACAACCAGAGCAUUGUACACUAAUUUGUUUAUUAACAAUGUAAAAGCAAUUAUUGCUUGAACUAACUGUUUACUUUCUUUGAGCAUGGCAACCCCAGUACUAGAGUAAUUGGAAUGUUAAUCUGCCUGGUGCUUGUCUACUGGAAUGAACUGUUAAAAUCUUUACCCAAACAUUAUUUUCUUUGAGCUCCUGUAAUACCUAAAAGAAAAAAUAAAACAUACAAAAAUACA